AUGGAAAGGGAAAUAGCAAACUUUGAUAAACUUCAGUUGAUCGCCUCGGAAUCCAUAGGUCCGUCCUGGGUUUUGGAAAGAGUUUUCGCCGUAAAAACUAGAUUCAUGUGCAUGGGGGUUAUGGCAAAUAGAGUGGAAGCCUUCGAAAAAUACCUAGCAAAUUUGAGCGUUGAGAAAAUGGAAAACACGUUUUGGUUCAAACUUUUCUAUGAACAAAUCAUGAAUUGCACUUUCUGGAAUACGAGCGGCACCAUGCAAAGAUGUAAUUUAAGUAAGAAAAUAGGCAACGCAUUUUUGGGUAAUGAUUUGUACGAGGUUGCUGAUAAAGUUAUUGAUGCGGUAUAUAUCUUUGCUCACGGUCUCCACAAGAUCCUUGAAACCAAUUGCUCAAACAUUCUCUUCCAAAGUUGCAAAAUACCAGGCCAGGAAUUACUCACCGUUAUUCGUAACUCAAGUUUUUCGAGUGCUGAUGGUCGAACAGUUUAUAUGGAUAAUAAAGGCGAAGUAAACGGAGGAUAUACACUUUAUUACGCCACAUCCGGUGAAAAGGAAAGUACACACAAGCUUAUAAAUAUAGGUCAAUGGCAAGAUCGACUAAAUAUGAAUUCCACUGCAAUAUCAAAUUUGAAUUUAUUCUCCGUCAAAGCCCAAUGCUCUGAACAGUGCAAUGAUGACCAGAUUCAAGAACGCAUCCAUGGAAAACCGAUAUGUUGUUGGACAUGCGUAAAAUGCCCAGAAGAUUCCAUCGUUAUGAACAAAACAUCUUGUCAUGCAUGUGCACCGGGAUUUUUGGCCGACACAAAAAGAGGCAGAUGUGUAAAAAUCCCGGAAAUCUACUACAGUCUUGAGAAGCGUGUGUCGAAAUUUCUAGUUGUUCCUCCGCUGCUGUUUUCAUUUCUGGGAAUACUAGGUGUCAUUUUCACAAUGUGUAUAUUCGUCAGAUUCAACAGCAAUCCUCUUGUCAAAGCUUCUGGGCGUGAACUGUGCUAUUUGUUACUGACUGGAUUGUUCUUAUCUUUCGUGUUUCCAAUCGUCUCUAUCUUAAGACCAUCACGCUUCAAGUGCCUUGCGCAGUUCUUUCUUGAUAGCCUCCCAAUCACAAUAUCGUUCGUGUCAAUCGCAGUCAAAACCAAUCGCAUUUUUCGUAUCUUUGAUAAAAAUCGAAGACUUAACAACCGCCCAUUAUUCAUGCGUCCAUUACAUCAAAUUAUUUUAUCAUUCUUGUUCAUCUUUAUUCAAAUUCUGAUCUUGCUUAUUUUGGUUAUUGCGCAGUUUCCUGAAGAGAAUUUAGUCUAUUUCUCAUUGACAGAAGUGCAUCUUGUAUGCAGCACAUCGAAGGUCCAACUCCUCUUGUCGCAUCUCUAUAAUCUAAUCCUGAUUGUUAUAUGUACAUACUACGCCUUCAAAAUUAGGCACGUUCCAGUUCCAUACAACGAAGCAAAAAUCAUUGCGUUUGCAAUGUAUUCAUCUUGUUUGAUCAUCUUCUCAUUUAUAAUUAUGUUCGCGGUGGCUGCAAGUAGAGGUGCAGAUCGGAUAUUCCAAUUAGCUAUCCAUUCGUACCGUGUUGUGUUAAUUGCGAGCGUUAUUCUACUGUGCUUUUUUGGUCCAAAAGCCUAUUUAAUUCUUUUCCACAAUGGGUGCAUUCCGAGCACUUGGUUGUCAUCUAAUCAGGAUAGCAAAACUGGCUCCACUAGGCGGCGCGAUGAAGCUCACUCGAG